CAUUCUCCUAAUGUUUGCGAUUCUGCUGAUCAUCAUCACCGUCUGUGAAGUAUUCGCCGCCAUUGUGAUGUUCAUCACAGCCGCGGGUUUCGAGCCCGUCGUCCGAGACGUCUUCAAGCUGGCCAGGGACGGCGGCGACGGCAGCGCGCUCGCCAGGAGCUUCGUCAACGACGUGCAGAUGAAUCUCCGAUGCUGCGGCACCUACGACGCUUCGUUUUGGCACAAACUUCCCAGUUCUUGUUGCUACAACGGGAAUACGUGCAACUCGUUGCACGCGUAUGGCGAGGGCUGCACUUUCAAAAUCAUGUGGUACGCGGAGAAGUUAGGGAACGCCCUGGGGGCAAUCUCCAUCACCAUUGCUCUCCUCGGGGUAUGUAUUUGUUUGCGAUCGUGCUCAGAGGUCGGAUCGUAGUGAAGUGAGGAUUUUUGUUUCACCUUUUGUUCAAGGCUCUACACGGCAAACACAAGUGUCGGACGGUCUCACACUAUUGGGCAUCAACCAAAUGUCUCACGCUUGCAAGUAUGAGACACCAAUCUCUCACUCACGCCUGGAAGCGUUGGGCACGGUCUACCCCACAUUAGAAAACGCGGGUCUCCUAGCGAGGAUCGACAAAGUGUAGGACGGACCGUGCCUCUCAUGGCCAGAUGUGAUACGUUAGUGCCCCACACUUGCAAGCUUGCAACGUUGUCGUUCGCAUUAGUGUGAGACUGUUUCAUACUUAACUAUGCAGUGUAAAAAAAGUUAAAAGUACACUACAAACCUAACUGUACUAAGUACACACUUACAAAUGCAUGCUUGCAAGUACGCACUUACAAACGCGUGGUUGGCGCCAUAUAACUCCAUGCUAAGCAUAGGCGUUUGAAAGUGUGUUGGCCUAUCUGCCAAGCAUGCAUUUGUGAGU